GGCAUGCUUUGCUCUGGUGCCAUGAAAACUGAUAUCUUACCAUGAGCAAAGCUCUCCCUUGACAUUUAAGAAACAAUCUAACAGAGUUUCUGUUGGGUUAUCCUCCUAGGUAUAGAAAGACCUUCAAGAUUAAAGACAAAAUACCACUGAACACCAUGUGGAUGACAGACUGUGAUGACACCAAUGCCAAGAGGUCCCUUGUUUUGGGCUGGCCCACCGUGAACUUCACAGCCACCUUUAGUUCUUCAGAACAAAAGGAACAAUGGCGCUCUUCCCUUCGAAGGUACAUCAAUCUAGCCAAAGAGAAAGACCACCCGAAGAGCAUUCCCCUGAAAAUCUUUACUGAGGACAUCGAGAACUGUGCCUGUCCUAUAAGUUUAACAGUAACAAAUUCAGAUACAACCAAUGACAUUAUCGACAAGUCACUACCAAUGCUUGGAAUAACUGUAAGUUACCUGCAAACAAUUUUUAGUUAAAAACCAACUUUGAUUUUUGAGAGUUGUGUGUGUGUGUGUGUAUACAAUACAACUCCUUUCAUAAGGCAGCUGAUUGUUAUAGAUACCUA